AUGGCGGACGGCGAAGAUGCGGAACAAGAAAUCCGUCGAGCCUUAGAUGUCGUUCAAUCCAUGAUUGACAUCUCCGCCGAACGACUCGAAGGCUUGAGGACCCAAUGUUCCAUCAGCGCAGAACUGACUCAACAGGAAAUUCGAACGCUCGAGGGAAAACUUAUCAAAUUAUAUUCAAAGCAACUUGUAACCAAAGCCAAAUUGGCUUUAGAAGAAUCAUUGCCUGCAGAAAUGAAACAAUAUCCAUCUUUGCAACAGUGGUUAAGAGUAGUGGGUCUUACUCAAGAAUCUAUUCAGAUGAUUUGUUCUAAAGCCACUUCACUUGAAGCUCUUAAAGAAAAAUCUGAACACGAGUUAGGUAGUAUGUUGGGAGAAAAUAAUAUAAAACACGAGGAAGAAUUACGUAGAUUGUGCAGGGCAUUACACAAUCUUCGUCGAUAUAUGGAUGUUCUACUAAAAGGUGAUAUGGAUAACAGUGAUAUGAAUUUAUAUUGGGAUUCUUGGGAUAGACAUCAUUUACGUACUGGAACAUCUCCCAGACCAGCAAGAUCACGUACAACAAGAUGCUCUGUUCCUUCAGAAGACAGCAUUCCAUAUCAUAAUAACAAUAAUCUUAACAGUGAUGUAUUAGCACAAGCUUCUUCCAUUACAUCUUUAUCGUCAACUAGUCCUCCUUCCACUCCUCUUUUACAAAGGCCAGGACGUGGAAUUAAAUUUCCAACGACUCCUCCUCCUUAUAAAAAACAUCAAAUAGGUUUACAAAAUACAAUAUCACAACCAGAAGUGUUUCCUUUAACUAAGUCAAAGUCUCAUGAAUCACAAUUAGCAAACCGUCUUGAAAAUGGAGAUACAGCUUUAAGUUGUGGAAAUGAUCUUGGUUCUGUUGGGAGAAGAAAUCGUUUGCCUACCGAAUCAGGGUCUUGCAGUAGUAAUGCAGACAUUACAGGGGAAAGUCUCUUACCGAAUAGUAAUAGUCCUGUUAAGUCUCCACCUUAUUCUAGCGCAGAAAGCGACGACAACAGUUUUAAGGGAACAGUAACAAGUCUUCAAGUGCCAAAGUCACCUCGUACUCCGACCGUAACCCGAGGAAUGGGCCAUAUAAUUGCUCACCGCUUUACCAAAACGUUUAAAAUGAUGACAACCUGCGACUAUUGCGACAAGCAGAUGUUUAUAGGCACUGGUUUGAAAUGCAAAGAAUGUAAAUACAAGUGUCAUCGAGAUUGCGAAUCCAAAGUACCACCUUCUUGUGGCCUACCUCAGGAACUCUUUGACGAGUUUAAAAGAACUGUACAAGGUGACGGUAUGGUGAAUGUUUCUCCGAUAUUAAGUAAGCCUGGUAUUACAUCUCCCAAUCACCAUAAUUCAAAUUUAUUAAGCUCUUUAAAUCGAAGAGAUCGAAAACGAUCGCAUCCACAUUCUUCUAUGAAUAUACCUUUUCAGGGCGCAGAUUCUAGUUCAAAUACCUCAAGCUGUAACAGCUCAACGCCUUCUAGUCCAGCUUUGCUACCUGCCAAUACUAGCCAAACCCCACAGGCACCUGCCAAACAGUUCCAUUUUCCAGAUGUUGUGCUCAAUGAAAAAGGAGGUGUCACAUUAGAAACUCAUCGACUCGAAGGUACAACUAUGUCAAGUGAUAGCGAAAGAACUGUGAGCGUUUCAGGAUCUGGCAGUGUCAGCACAGAUUCGGAGCGAACACCUGUUAGAGUUGAUUCACAAGAUUCUCAAGUUUCUGACGGAGAGCCAGGAGAUAGUCGCUGGCCACGACAAAAUAGUGAUAUCCUAAUGCUUUGCUGGUCAUAUCAUGCAGAAAAUCGGCCCGACUUUGCAAAAUUGUUAACUACUUUGGAAAAGCUGCCUCGCAAAAGGUUAGCACGUAGUCCUUCUCAUCCUAUACAUCUUUCUCGUUCUGCAGAAUCCGUGUUUUGA